AUGAAACAGUUGCAAAAGCUUAAAAUUUUAGAUCUUCAAGAUAACAGGAUACAAGGGCUGAUUCCAAAUGAUCUCUGCCACUUACAGAACCUGGGUUCAUUAGCUUUGAGUGAAAAUGAGCUUUUUGGUCAGAUUUUAACUUGCUUAAGAAAUUUUACAUUUCUGAGAGAAAUCUUUCUUGACUCCAACAAAUUAACCUCAAUAAUACCCACAAAUCUGUUCAACCUCGAAGAUAUUUUGUAUCUAAACUUGUCCUCAAAUUAUUUAAGUGAUUAUCUUCCCCCACAUAUUGGAAGGCUAAAGGCUGUAAUCCAAAUAGAUCUGUCAGUGAAUAACUUCUCAAGUAAUAUCCCUAGCGAGGUUGGUGGUCUGCAAACCUUAGCUGAUCUUUCUUUGGCACAUAAUAGAUUACAAGGACCUGUUCCUGAGUCAUUUGGCAACUUGAUAAGUUUGCAAUCCUUGGAUCUAUCUUACAACAAUCUCUCAGGCGUAAUUCCCAAGUGCCAAAAGAGAGAGAGAACUCCACCUCAAACGGAGUUGUUACCCACACUAGCACAUGGAAGAAUUGCAUACCAAGAACUUCUACGUGCUACUGAUGGUUUUAGUGAUAGCAACUUGCUUGGAACGAGAAGUUUUGGUUCUGUUUACAGAGGUACAUUUACAGAUGGCACCAUUUUAGCAAUUAAGAGAUUAGACAUAAUGACAGAUUUGGCAUGUGCACUAGACUACCUCCACCAUGGUUAUUCAACACCACUGGUUCAUUGUGAUUUGAAGCCCAGUAAUGUGCUGCUAGAUGAAGAUAUGGUUGCGCAUCUUUGUGAUUUUGGCAUUGCAAAAUUUUUAGGUGAGGGGGAGAGUAUUGCGCACCCCAAUACUCUAGCUACAUUGGGAUAUAUUGCACCAGAAUCACCUCAGGAGAGGAUCAACAUGAGAGAAGCUCUAGCAGCACUAAAGAAGAUCAGACAUCAGUUUACGCAAGCCGUGAAAGGUGAGAAACAUGAAGAUUGCAUUGCUUUGAGAGGUGAAAGUGUUGGUAGCUCCUCUGAACCAUGA